GUGAGUGACGUCACGGCGCCGUUUCCUCCCUGCGUGUAAACAAAGAACAGUUCCGUCGACAGAUGAGCUACAGCGGGCUGGAACCAGAACCAGGCCAGGCCCCGCGGACCCGACCCGCAGCCCGAGGGAUGGACUGAACCUGCGGCGGCAGCAUGUCUAUGGAAGACCCGUUCUUCGUGGUGAAGGGGGAGGUGCAGAAGGCGGUGAAUGCAGCUCAGAUCCUCCAUCACAGAUGGAUCCAGCUGCUGCAGGAUGGGGGCGGAGCCUCCAAGGAGGAAGUAGACUGGACCACGAACGAGCUGAGGAACAGCCUGCGCUCCAUAGAAUGGGACCUGGAGGACCUGGAUGAGACAAUCAGCAUAGUGGAGUCCAACCCAAAGAAGUUUAAUCUGGAUGCAGCAGAGCUGUUGAAGAGGAAGGCCUUCAUCACCUCCACCAGGCACACAGUGAAGGACAUGAAAGAGCAGAUGUUGAGUCCAGGUACUGCCACCGCUGACGUGAAGAACAAACAGACCCUGCUCGGAGAUCAUGGCCCUCUAGGGUCGAUAUGGCAGCCUGGUCCUGAUAAAUACAGUCGACUGGACAGACAGCUGCAAAGUGUCAACUCCCAGUUUAUCGAGGAACAUCAGGCACAGCAACAGCUGAUGGUGGACCAGCAGGACGAACAGCUGGAACUUGUGUCGGGAACCAUCGGCGUUCUGAAGAACAUGUCCGAGCAGAUCGGCAUGGAGCUGGAAGAACAAAGCGAGAUCCUGGAUGACUUCGGUCAUGAGAUGGACCACACUCAGUCCAGACUGGACAAUGUGAUGAAGAAACUGGCUAAAGUUUCCCACAUGACCAGCGAUCGCCGUCAGUGGUGCGCUAUCUGCGUGUUGCUCGGCAUCCUCCUGGUCGUCGUCCUCCUCUUCUUUAUCCUCUGAUUGACGCCCAGAAGUUAUGGAAAGAUCUCUCCAUCUAUGUUCACUGGAUCUUACUGGACUGGACUCAUUAGGACUAUAGCGGGCUGCUUUGGACGGUCCUGGACUCUACUGGUCGGUACUGCACUGAACUGGCCUCAUACUGGUCUGGACUGAACUGUACUGGACUUGACUGAUCUCACACUGGUCUGGACUGGACUGAACUGGCCUGAUUCUGGUCUGGCCUGGACUAGACUGUACCAGACUCUUCUAGCUGAGUGCACUGAGAGCUUUUUUUUUCUUUAAAUGCUUAAAUAUCGUCUCAGAGGUCAAGCACUUGAAACAUAUUUUACUUUGAGUUUGUCACAAACAUUUAUUUUAUUACUAAGGUCCAUAAAAACAGUUGAAAGGUC